AUGCUAAUACCCUAUGUGUUCUUCCUUCUGGGGUUUUCACUUAUAAGCAUAGGAGGUGGACCUAAAUGGAAAGAUUCUAAUUCUUCUUCUCAAUUCAUCAUUAUUGGUUCCGGUUAUUUCAUAUUUGUUGUUGCCUACAUCCUAUUUGUUAUAGCAGACAAGUUUUUGCCUAUAUAUUUGAGGGAUAGUAGCUCGUCGGAGAAUAAUACUAUUGAGAUCACAAGAAAUAUGAUGAUAACGAUUCAAUCUUUUGAUUCCGAAGAGACACAAGAAUUCACGGAGUUGCCUUUUAGUCGGAGUAUGCGGAUGGCUAGACUUGCUUUGAAGGCAUUGCCGCCGGUUAAGAGCUUCGCUAAGGAGGAGGAGGACGAGGACGGAUUAGUCGACCGGAGAAACAACUUUUGUCCUAUUUGUAUUGAAGAGUUUAAGGAUGGAGAGUUAAUUCAACCUUUUGGAGUGUGUGUUCAUGAGUUUCAUUCGGCUUGUAUAAACUCUUGGUUACAUUCUGGAAAAACUAGUUGUCCGCUUUGUCGUGAAGAUUUAGCUACUUUUAUGAAUUGA